ACAUGUCAUAGAUUUACGGCAUGUAAAAGAACCAUACGAGCAUGAUACGAGAUGUCUCGUAAGCUAAAUUCAGCGGCCAUUUCUCACCCACGUCUCUCCUGAUUCUCUAGCAGACAAAUCAGGAUUCAGUAGAAAUAAUGCAGAGGCAGUGAGCUUGUCAUUUAUUACUUACAGAUGCACACUUCAAAGACUAGGAAACCUCCCGAAUGGGAGGAGGCCAAGGCCCAUAUGAGUCUGUAGUGCCAUUGGAUUGGUGAAAAUAUUUAGUGAAAAUUAAAUAUCUGUAAUGGGCAUGCAGAAUUGCAACAGUCAAUAGUAGGGUGACAGGUGUUUGAACCAACAAAGUUUUCCACAAAAGUAACUUCAAACUCGGCAUUUUGAACACUUGCUAAGAAAUAUUUACUCUGAUCACAGAGCAAAGUAACAGAAAUAUGAUGCUGAAGAUUUCUGUCUCCUGGGUUGUUGCGCUGUGUAGUCUGGUCGAUGCUAACCAACGUUUCAGAGGUCAUACUGCCUCCAUCAUCAGGGCGAUGAAUAUGCCAAUAGGGUGUGUGGGGCUAGUUUUAUAGGGCCGUAAAGUGAAAUUUUGGAAAGUAACAAGUGUUGUAAGUUGAAAGGGAGUCUUUUCUGAACUCGUGCUCAUUACAGUUCUUUUAGUUGUUUUGUUGUGUGCAGCUCACCCUUACGUUUGUGUCAGACCUUUAAGUUACAGUAAAUAACAUGAAAUACUUUGGUACUUUACUAGACUGUGAGUUUGUCUUCAUGUGUACUGGUUUUUGGUUUCGAGAUACAAUUAAUUUGAUAUAUAGUUGAAGCUGGAAACCAAAAGUUGGUGGGAAAUCUUAUUUUAUGUUGUGAAAUCCCAAUACUGUCAUUUAAAAACGUGUAGUCCUUGAAUAUGUCUUGUCAUAAAACUGAUAUGCUUCACACCUGUUCACAAAAUGGCGAUUUUUAAACUAUACUUAUAGUCGUACUUUAAUAAUACAUCCUGCCAGUUUCAUUUUCUUCAUUUAGUUGAUCUUAAAUAAUUUGAGAGUGGAAAUUUAAUGUUUCAGAAUAUACAUUAAUAGAGUAGAGCCCUCAUUUAAAAUUUACACCCAGCAUUUAAUUUCUGUAGUCUACUUUCACAUUACUUGAUUGAUAUAUUUAUUUUAAUAUUUAUAAAUAAUAUAAUUUUCUGCCAGGGAAAUAUUAAUAUUAAAUAUUGAACUGUAAAUCAGACAUGAACUUUUCUAAUUAACUGCAGUAAAAAAGUAUAUCCAGCAUCUGCAGUUAAAGUAGUAUAUGCUGAAACAUUAAUUAGUACCAUGAAACACAUGUAGGAAAUUCUCACAUUGUGCAUAAGAAAGAGAAUGAGAUACCGAAAACAUGGUGAGAAAUAUGUUAGGUGAAGCAAGCUGUGGACAAGUUUAUAUUUUGUGCUGUAUCCCUCUUCUGGGUAACACAAGUAAUGUCCAUUAUUUGCUGUCUUGUGGGUUGUGAGGCUGUAUAGUCUCUUAGGUUGAUAAAAGUGUUUCAGGAGAAUAUGGGUGACUACCCAUGAGACUAUAUAAUAUCACAAACCAGAAGACCAUAGUUUACAACUUCACUGCUGUGAUAACUUCUAACCUCACAAAGUUGUGUCCCUUUGCUAGGAUUUCAUGAUUUUGCACUUGCAGCACAACAAAUCAGGAUAUGAAGAAAGUGUUUAAUGCAUGAUUUGUAGAUAUGUUUAUAACAUGUUACAGUACAAAUUUCAGUGUCAUGUUAUAAUGAUGCUUAUAAACAAAAUUGUGUGUUCACCAUCUUGUUAUCCUACAUUUUAUAAAUAUCUUGGCAAACAAGAAUUUAGAUUUUCACGUAGAUAUAUUACCAUAUUAGGACCCCAUAUUCAGUGAUAGUUUGUUCCCUCCUCCUAUGCUACCAUUUUAUUUUAAUAGUGAGAGGGAGUUUAACAGAAUCAAAUGGGUGUGUCCAAUGGCAUGCUGUUCAUACAGUUUCACAAAGAUCAGGCUGGAUCAAGGGGUGGAUAGGCAUAUCCAGUUUGGUGACAUGGUUCUGGAGAAAGAUCAAGGUUUUAUCAGAACAGUAAACAUAUUUGUUGUGCAUAGCUCUUAUUAAUGGCAGGCAAAUAGGUGGCAUGGAAGUAGCAAAAUGUGAAAGAAAAAGUUGUAUUGUUUCUGAGUUCAGAGCCAGGAUAGACAUGAAGCUGAGUGGGGUGAUAGGAUUUGUAUGAGUGGCAUAUAUUGUGUUGGGCCUGUUCAGUCCAGUCCACAAUACCAAACCAUAUUUUCUAAUUGUUUAAUAAAUCACUACAGUUUUAUGGUUGUUCCUUCCUGGCAUUUGUUUCUGUAUAAGCUAGAUGUACAACCCAUCAGAACAAAUUUAUUACGAUCUCCCCCUCCACCAGUAGGUCCUGCUUGUAUAGGUUUUGAUACCCAGAAUAGAACGACUUUGCAGUUUUCUGUAAUUUCCAGUCUUGAUUUCCGGUUAUUGCGUUUUACAUUCUGGGCAAAACUUAAAGGGUGGCAUCAUACUAGUUAUUCCUUCCACCUCCACUUCUAAUUUAGGACAUAAACAGGUACGAACAUCUCAUUUGUUGAACCUGUGACGAUCCGCGAUUCCACAGAUUAUCGCAUGCCCCCUCUGCUCCACCUAAUAAUUUUUUUUAUAAGUUGCAAUGUUUCCGAUAGAGUGCGUUGAUUUUCAUGAGUAGACCUGUUGUAUCGUUGGGCUACCGCCAGAGAGAAAAGUUGUGUGGCAUUUGUGGUCUGGCCGUGGAGAUGUAAGUGCAUAGAAGGUUUUGUGUAGAGUGUGUAGCUAGUUGCCUUGAAGUGAACACGUGUGGAGCUGACCCUGACAUCUCAGUGGCACUGGUUUUUAAAUAUAGGCAGCGUUAACUGGGUGCUUCAGUGUGUAUUAUUACCCAUAAUAAAACUUCUUUUGUGGCUAACAUUUCGUUGUGUUAUCAGGUGGGAAUAUUGCUUUGGAGCUGUUAACACGACUUGUGUUUUCAGCUGCAGCGAUUGAUCUCUCCUUGAAGAAUGGAUUUAUUGUGCGCUGAAAGGCUUGCAGAUUGCAGAUUAGCAGAAAGAGAUCGUGUUAUUUUUGAAGACAUGAGAGUUUUGCAAAAUUUAUUGGACUUAGAGACAGUGUACACACCUACUUGCAAUUACUUUGGGACUGUACAGAAAGAUAUUCAGCCUUUCAUGCGGAAAGUUGUGUCGACAUGGAUGUUGGAGGUGUGUGAAGAGCAGCAAUGUGAAGACCAGGUCUUUCCACUUGCGGUGAAUUUCUUGGAUCGAUUCCUGUGCAUUUGCGUCAUAUCUCGGCGUCAGCUUCAGCUCGUGGCUGCCGUGUGCCUGCUCCUGGCUUCUAAGAUCAGGCAGUGUAAUUCACUAUCUGUGGAUCAGCUCUGCUACUACACAGAUCAUAGCAUAACUCCUGAGGAAAUCAAGAACUGGGAGUUACUCGUCCUCUCCAAGCUCCAAUGGAUCGUGACAGCAGUAACGGGCUUCGACUACGUGGACCAUGUUCUCGAAAGGGUCGAUUGGUCCAAAGAAAGUCCAUUGAUCCGUAGACACGCGCACACACUCGUUGGUCUCUGCUAUACCGAGCCGGAGUUAAUCCAGAGCAGACCAUCUCUUCUAGCAGCCGCCAGCAUCAGCGCUGCAGUUCGCGGUCUCAACAUGCCCUCUGCCGCCACCGCGUUGACCUCAGUUUGCGAACUGACUCGUGUUGACCCAGCUGCAGCUGAGAACGUCGUCCAUCACAUCGAACGUGUUGUAGCCUCGGAGACAGCGUCCCUCCAGCCCCUGCCCGCCACCACCAGCAAAGUCAGCAGCUCUGCUUCUUCAACCGGGAAGUUGAUAUCGGUGGCUGAUGAGACAGGCCAACCUGAGACGCCUACAGACGUGCAAGAUGUUUAUUUCUGAAAGAAGGUGUCUCAGGAUACGAAGGCUUGCCUUUAAUCCUUUCAUGCAGUGUUCGAGUUGUCUGUGUCGACAUUCCAUCUGAUCACUUAAUUUCAUUGCCCAUUCUUACACUGCGUUUUAGGACAGUAAUCACGGCAGAGACGUUCAGUUUACCGUGCUCCGCGUGGCACUUUGUUAAUUAUUGUAAUUCAUCAUUUUAGUUGUCAAUGUUAAGAGAAUACUUUUUUAAGUACCCACUGAAUAAUGUAAUUUUUUCUUAUGAAUCUAAGGUAAAAUUAAGCCAACAGCCCUGUACAGAUUAAGCCCAGAACAAUUGUAAUAUGACAGCUGGUUUCAGACGUGACUAAUGUAAGCAGUUGAUACAAAUUCAACAAGGUAAAGGACAAAUGUGGUGCAAUAAAACCAGAAUUGACUGGAUGAAAUGAGAACCAGUUGCUCGAAUUUUAAACUUCUGAUUUGGAUCUUAAAUAUACUACCCACAUUAACGCUUUGAGAAUUGAGAAGUACUUCUUUCAUUAUCAAUCUAAGGAUGGAAUUUCUUAACCAAACAAUUUGUUUUGUGAAUACCACUGAAUUGUCCCUACAUUGUACAGUAGCAGCCAUGUUAAUUUUUUAUUUCAAGGACAAGUAGCGACAGUAUCGCGCAAACGGGUCUCUCAGUGUGGACGCGUACUACUGGACAAAGAAAUUACGUGCUUGGCAAAAUAUUUUGAAAAAGAAAUUCUUUUAGUUUAAUAAUUUUAAACCACACGAUUCAGAUAUUGAAGUUCUGUGAUCCAGUAAACACUGCUGGAGAAUGAACAUAACUCAUCUCCAUAUAAUGGUUAGUGUUAAGAACAAUAGUUACACCACUCUACCCCCAGAUAUGCUGAUGGCAUGGAGGUAACAUUUCAUUGGCAUACAUAUUCAGUGUUUCUUCCAAAAUUUAACUUUACAUGUGAACGUAUUACCGUCUUUUAUUCAUGAACGCACAGUGUAAGAAUACAAGGUAUUGAGCUGUAACAAAAUUAUAAUUCUGCAGUUAAUGUAGUCCUGCCUGCACCUUACUUACUUGUUGAGUAUGUACAGCGUAGUUUUGAUGAUAGAGAAUUUAGGCUGUCGAGGAUUGUCGUGUCAUAUAUUUUGCCAAGAUAUUAGAAUAUUAAACCAAACAGAUGGACUGUUUCGUGAAGCUAUCUCUGAAACUAGUUCAGUAAAUCUGUAUGAGAAAAUACUGUCAUACUUGAAAUCUGGAAUGAUGGUAGGGAAAACAUCGUGUACUUUUGAGACGCAAAAUUCUGUGCUUCGUGAAGUAUUCCAAGGUCCUGAUCGAACAUUUUUACGUGCCUUUAACUGAACAUUCAGAAAGAAUUUGUAUUGCCAGGAAAUUAAUUUUCAAUUUCCACAAACUUGUACGUAAAAUUUUAUUUCACACACAUCUGUACAUUUAUUGUGUCCGGUAAGACAAAAUUAAGGACUUCUCUCUUUACUGAAAAUCCACCACUUCAUAAUUUUGUGUGAGGUUUUGAUGUUUCCAUGGUUUUACAGGUCUCAAUGGGUCUGUGCGAUUAACUGUCAAAAUACGAACAAUAUUACGUGAGUUCAUUUUACGCGUAGGAGUGAAUGCUUCAUCAUCAGCUCACCUGACCAUGCACAGUAGUUCUCAUUUCUUUACGUUAUCCACUUAGCUUACUGGAUUCGUUACGAACUACAGAGUAAAUACAAUUUUCAUCAUAACUAUAUCCUACGUGUCUCAUUCAGUCACCUAAAUUCGUUGAAUGAUAGCAGUUGUGGAAACAAGGGGUGUUAAAAUGUUCCAUGUGGGUAGUCAGGCAUACUCUUUUGUUCAUCAUGUUCCAUGCAACAUCCAAAUAAUAAAUACGUAAUGUUUAUCCACCACAUUUGUACUGUUAGUAAAGUAACAUCAUCAGUAUGUACUUAGCUAAACAGAAUGUAUUUAUACUAGCAUGCAUAAUUUAAUUCGUGGUAUUAGAAAUAGGUCUGCACCUUCAGGUCAUUUUGUACGUCUUAUAUUAAACCAAAGCAACUAGUAUUUUACCGGAGAAGAUUUCU